CAGUUGUAUAACAAGACUUUCGUAUUUUUCCUUUGAAAGGAGCAGUUCAAAGAAACGUAUUCAACCGGCUAAGGAACUUAUUCAACAAGUCUUUGUCAGCAAUAAUUCAGCUGUUAAACUACUUUCCUCUUUGCCAUUUUUAAUCUGCAACAACUAAGAUACACUGCUCAAGGCCGAAGUUAUGGCCACCCAAACUCCAAGCCUUCCUCGCAUAGAUUUUAGCAGUGAAAACUCAGAACCUGGCACAAGUUCUUGGCUAUCCACAAGCAAGCAGGUCAAGGAUGCACUUGAGAAUCAUGGGUUUUUUCUGGUAACUUACGACAAAAUUUCUUCAGAAGUCAAGAAUGCAUUUAUCUUAGCAAUGAAGGAGUUCCACGAUCUUCCCGAGGAGCAAAAAAGUCGGUUCACUUCAGAUAAGCCUUAUUUGGGUUAUUUUGGGCAAGCUCGUGAUGGUAAGCCUCCUAUUCUUGAACUUGCAGCCAUCGGAGAUCCAACUAGUAUACAAGCUGUUGAAGGUUUCACAAAUCUCUUUCGCUCCUCUGGGAAGAAGGACCAUUUAAGGGAAAUCAUCCUUUCCUACACAAAGCAAGUGGCAGAAUUGCAUGAGCUGAUACUCAAAAUGGUACUUGAAGGCUAUGGUGUUGAGAAAUACUACGAAUCUCUCAAAGAAUCAUUGGCUUAUAUAUGUCGAGUAAACAAAUAUAGAGCAACAGAGCCGAAUGAAAGAGAUGUAGCUGUGGUUCCUCAUACAGACUCGAGUUUCAUGACCAUACUUGAUCAAAAUGAAGUCAAUGGUUUGGAGGUCAAGUCCAAGGAUGGAAGUUGGGUUCCGGUUGAUUUUCCUCCCUCAUCCUUCGCCCUGGUUGCUGGUGAUGGAUUAUUGGCAUGGAGCAAUGGUAGGAUACGCCCUAAGGUUCAUCGAGUCAUUAUGCCAGCAGAAGAGCCAAGAUACUCGAUUGGAUUAUUUUGCUACACGCAUGGGAUAGUGGAAGCGCCAAAAGAGCUAGUUGAUGAGCAACAUCCUUUACUGUUCAAGCCAUUCAAUCAUUUUGAAUUGGUUUCUUUAACCCACACAAAAAAGUUAUACCUAAUUGAAGACAGGCUCAAAGUUCUUUAUGGCGUUUAAGUAAAAUAUUUGCACAUCCCAAGUGUUGCAGGUGGAUGCAUUACCUAAUUUACAAGACUUAAGUUGGUGUCCUCAAAUAAGGAUAGUCUCAUUCUGCUAUGGCUGUCAAGUUUGUAAACUUUAUGUGAUUUCAGUUCGUAAUUAUGUUUUACAGUGCUUUGAGUCUCUGUUAUCUUGAUAUACAUAACUAGUUGGGCAAGCAGGGCUUGUUUUUUGAAGUCAAGAGUUCCAUUAGGAAGAUGUUUCAGUACU